AUGUCAAACCUUAAUUGGGAAGACAAAGACAAAGGAUGCCUCAUCAAUGGGAAAAGAAUGAAUAACCUCCGUUUUGCUGAUGAUAUCGUAUUGAUAUCUAACAACACAAUCGAAAUGGAAGAAAUGGUCAACGAACUCAAUGUGGAAGGCCUGAAGAUCGGCUUGGAAAUGAACAUGUCAAAAACGCAAAUGAUG